UCGUCCAAAAACACAGCGGGACUCCUGUCUGGAGGCGCAGCCGCGCCUAUACCCAAAUUCAGCGACCAAAGCAAAGGCGAGAUAAAGUUUGAAAGAACUUGGAACGUACAGAUUCACGGAAAAUACAUAGCCUCCCGUUUUGGGAGAGAAGAGGUGUAAACAGACUCAUAAGGGAAGGGAUAGAGCACGGAGGGGAGGGACCCAGUACGCUGAUGGACUUAGACCGAUAGGGUUUAUAAUGCGCACUGUCUUCUCACCCGUCUCCAUAUCUGUCCGUCUCUCACUGGCGGAAGAUGUAAUUGUUUUCUAGGACUAGGAAUUAUAUCAAGGGUGAAUCCUUUCUGCUGAAAGCAGUUAUAUUUUCCAUUUCCAAUGAUCAACUAGAGCUGAUCCUCCAUCGUCUCUCCGGUCUCCUGCGGGACGGGUGGCAAGAGAGGGUUGGGAGAGACGGGUGUUGAAGCUCUAGUGAAGGGUCUCAGCAGAAUAUUGCUGCAUUUCGGUGGUUCCCAACGGUGCAGUCAUGUGGCAAAGAAUUGUGAUUUGCUGUGCGCUGCUUGAGCUCUGUUCGGCGGCACCGCCCGCUCACAUCAACCGUCUGGCACUGUUCCCUGACAAGAGUGCUUGGUGCGAGGCCAAGAACAUCACACAGAUAGUCGGGCACACCGGCUGCCAGCCUCGCUCUAUCCAAAACAGGGCGUGUCUGGGGCAGUGCUUCAGCUACAGUGUCCCAAACACCUUCCCCCAGUCCACCGAGUCCCUGGUGCACUGUGACUCCUGCAUGCCUGCACAGACACAGUGGGAAGUGGUGACUCUGGAAUGCCCCGGCAGUGAGGACGCUCCUCGUGUGGAUAAACUGGUGGAGAAGAUCCUCCACUGCAGCUGCCAGUCCUGCAGUAAGGAGGGAGCCCAGGAGGGGGCAGUGAUGCAGCUCUACCCAUCAGAGAGCGCCCAGGACCCACCUACCCUACCAGAGAUCCACCACGGCGGCUCACCCCCUCACCCUCACACAGACACACACUCUCAGCAUGCUCACAAACACACAGAGCUACACCCGCACACACACACAUCUGAUGGAGGGUAGGUCGCUCGAUUGCCACGGACACUCCUCUCUCGCCAUUCCUGAUUCUUCUUCCAAACCUCUCUACAAGUUGUUUCUUCUUCUACAGUUACAGGAUGAUGCCUUUUCCCUUCUCUUCCAUUCAACCACUGUUUCUUAAAAGCACUUUGAAAGUAAAACUUCACUUAACAUGAAAAUGUAAACUGCUUAUAAAAGCACACACACACAGAAGCUCACUCAUGCUGUACUCUUCACAAGACAAUCACAGUAUAAAUAUGAAAAAAUGUAUGCACUCACUAACUGUAAGUCCCUCUGGAUAAGAGCGUCUGCUAAAUGACUAAAAUAUAAAUGUAAAUGAACGCAUAUAAACACACCAGUUUAUCUACACAAUUUUUGUCAUCUAACUUCUCACUUAGGACAAUGAAUAUCACAAUCCUACACACACUCAGGCAUGCACUCUGACACAACUAUAGACUUUUGAAGCAGUAGACUUAUUUCUGUUAAUCUGUCUUGAAAAAAAAAAAUCAUACAGCUACAGUACAAACUGUACAGUUUCUGACUUAAUUUCUGUCUAUCACCUAUUUGCAUUAGUAUCUGACCUAAAGCUAUAUGUUCCAAUUUGUGCUUCUCCUACGAGAAUAAAGCUAGUUUUGUUCAAUCUUA